UUUUUUUUUUGGUGAAGAGAUUUAGGAAUGUGGAGACCAGCAGCAGCUACGUCACCCUGAAAUCCGCUGGGGUCCCGUCGUCAGAAAACUUUAAACAAAGCUUCAUUGAAUUAACGACUCAAAACCACCCGGGACGCUCCGUCUCUGUCUCCAUGGUAACGCGGCGGACGCCCAGCCUCGGUGUCGUCGCGUUGAGCUGCCUGCAGAAAGGAGGGCGGACCCGGGGAGGAGAGGAGAGGAGAGACCGCUCUUUCUCUCCCGGAAAAAAAUCAGUCGAAGAUGCCAUUUCACGACGGAGUCUACUACCCCUACUCUAGUGACACCCAGGGGACCCAUUCAUCAGCCGGGAUCCCAUCCCUCCUGAAUUCACCGCUCAGCCAGCACUCCGUACCUGCGCCGGGCAUGACUCCAUCCAGCGGAGCCUCCGUCGUCCUCCCGUUCAAGUUCCGCCCGCGCAGGGAGAGCGUGGACUGGCGGCGGAUCAACGCGGUGGACAUAGACGCGGUGGUGAGUCAGCUGGACGUGGACGCUCUUCAGGAGCACAUCAGCACGGUGACCUUCUGCAGCCUGGACGGCGAGCGGUGUCAGCGGUGCCAGAGCCCCGUUGACCCGGCUCUGGUCAAGCUCCUGCAGCUGGCCCAGCUCACGGUGGAGUGGCUCCUCCACUGCCAGGAGUUCCUCACGCUCAACCUGCGGGCGGCCGAGGAGAGGCUGGCGGCGGCCGGCGCCGAGCGCGAGCAGCUGCAGGCUCAGCAGAAGAAGCAGGAGGAGAAGGCGAAGGCGCUGACGGCCGAGCUCAAGCAGAGGAAGAAGGUCAUCCGCACCCAGCAGUCGCUGCUCACGCCGCGGAUCAUCAGCAGCCACAAGUGUCCACAGUGUGACAAAUCCUUCAUCAAUUCCUCCUUUCUGCAGAAUCACAUGCAGCGCCGCCACCCUGACGAGUACGACAACCAGUUGCGUUCAGACAGCGAGAAGAAAUCUCAGAUUGAAAGUCUCAAAUUGGAGAUCGACAGCCUGAAGGCGCAGAUUGUUCAGCAGCAGCAGGACCUUCAAGCCAAAGCAGCUCAGGAAAAAGAGCAGCAGUCCAUCCACAAAGACCUGCUCAGAGAAAUGGACCGCUUCAAAGCGGAGGAGAUGGCACGCAUGGACAGAAAGAUAGAAGACAGCAGGGAUGGCAUCCGCAGGGAGAUGGAAUUUCUUUACACCCGGAACAUUCAAGCUCUCAAUGAAGCAAACCAGAAUCAAACAGCCAAGCAUGAGAAAUCAGUCAGCCCUGUUCAGUCGCAGCCCGAGAGAGACGUGGACAACUACAAAGAGAUGCAGAUCCAAGCCAUCCAAAAGCUGGAACACCAAAUGAAGAAACAGGAUAAAAAGUGGGAGGCCAGGCUGCAGGAGAUAAAGGCUCAACACGAGUCCGAAAAGAAUCAGCUGCUGAACGAGCUGAGCAGAAUGCAGUCGUCCGUGUCCGACCAGCAGGAGCGCAGCCAGAGGCUGCAGCAGGAGAUGGGGAGGAGGCUGCAGGAGAAGGAGCAAACCAUCAAGGCUCAGAAGGAGCAGAUCAGGAAUAUUUCUUCAAAUCCACCCACCAAAGUCGUGGAAGUACCAGUCAUCGUCAGUGCGCCGGCCCCAGAGCCCAAAGCAAAGAGAGUUGUACUCGACUCGAGCAGCUUCUCUGAGAGGAGGCCGGCGGUGGAGAAGAAGCCUGAGCCCGCGCCAGAGAGGAAGACGAGGGUGACGUCCAGCGUCCUGAGAAGGAACAACAGCAUCAAGAAAGACAUGCGGCCAGAUAUCGAGCAAGCUGUCAUGAUGAAGCUGGAGAACCUCGGAGUCAAGCCGGAUCAGAGCGGCCUGAAGAACAAAGAGUUCACCUCCAUCCUGGCCAAGGUGCACACAAACCGGGAUAGCUUCGCAAGGGGGAAGCCUGACUACUGGCGCCAGCGGGAGGAGAUAGCCAGCACCGUGGAUCAGAAGCUGGGUGGCGAGAGGAGAGGCAGUGACCCCGUUCCUGAAUCACAGGCCAGAUCCAGACAAUCUGUUCAAGUGUUGCAGAUACGCCCUCGAUCCAGCAGCCUGCCCUCAAGAGCGACCCAGGUGACGUCUGCAGUCAGACAGCCUAAGACUCCGCAGCCAGCACCGAGGACCAAGACCACCACCCAACCCAAGACGUCCACACCCAGCAGCAAGAGCGCUCUGAGGAAUCCCACACCCAAGACCCCCCCGUUCAGUUCAGAUGAAGAAUCUGAAGAAGACGACAGCGACAUGGAGGAGGAGCAGCCCCAAAAACACCAGAGAGGCAAAUCACCGCCGUCCAGACCCAACCAGGCCGCCCCAGUCCAAAUCAAAGCGAGCAAAGCCAGUCCAGUCCAGGCCAGGCAUGCUCUAACCAAGCAGUCAUUCUCCUUCAACUCCCAGCAGGCCAGGGGGUCAGCGGGCGGCGUGACCAAGACGGCGGUCACAAAGAUGGAGAGCGAGGAAGACGACGAGUGGGCGGAUAUCAGCGAGCUGCAGGAGAUCGACCCGAAACAACUGCAGAGCCACAAAGACCAGAACGGCAACGUGGAGAAGAGAAACUUCGGGAAAGAGAACAAAAUCAACGACCUGGCCAGAAAAAUGGAGCAACAGUUUGCAGGGAGAGCAGCAAAGAAACCAGCAGGGGGCGUCAGCAUCUUACCGGAGAGGAAGGACGAGGUUCAGGAGCUCACGUACACAGAUCUGGAGGAGAGCAGUGAGUGGAUGGUCUCCUCCCUAGAGGACAGACUGGAAAUGUCCAAACAAGCUCAGGGCUCUGGACCAAUGAGGAAGAGUCAGGACUCCAGCACCAGCGUCUGGGGAACCUCCACAGGAAAGGGUCCCAAAUCAGCAGGUCUGACCGAGGCUGGAACAGGAAGCACCCUGAAGAGCAGCCUGUGCUCCCUCAGCGACAUCAGCGACUCCGAGGACAUUAGCAAUAAGCAUUACAGCUGAUCAGGUGACGUAGGUCUACGCCAAGCACAGACACAGAGACCUCAGGCGACUCCUCUGACACCUCCUCUACGCCACAUAGCCAUAUCUUAACACAGAGAGAGCAAUACUUCACUCAGAAUCUAAUAAACAUGUCAGACAUGACGAGAGCUCAGCAGUCUCACCUCGCGCUUCGUGCCAAUUCUUUGCUUGCCUUAGACCUCUUCAGUGUUUUAGAUUCUGUUUGCGUAUCCAAUGAAAUAUAAUCCAGUCUGAAUGAGAUACUGUAUGUAGCACAUGUAAAGCUUUGUACAUCAAAUUUUAUAAUUCCUUCAUGAGAUGUGAUUUUGUAAAGAUAAAUAUUUAUACUCGCAAUAAAAGAUUUCUUUGUGGAUUAUGAAAAU